AUUAAGUCUACAUGAUAAAGGUAAUCGUCAUUCUUUUCUGAUUUUAGACCAUGUACUUUCGAAAUGCGUGUGUUUUGGAUUAGUUCUAAAGUCAUUAGCUAGCUAACGUUAGCCUCUCGAGGGAGUGCUAAAGUUAGUUUAGCAAGUUAACUUAGCUAACGUUAGCAACCUCGGCCUGAAAGCUAGUAAGCUAGCUAGAAUGAUACAGGUAAACAUCUUUCUAGCUAGCUUACAACACUAUAUGUUUGUGAUAUGUUUCGUUUUUAUAACUCUAGCUAGCUUACUAGCUACACUAUUUCUUCAUCCAAGAUGACAAUACACCAUUCAUUCAUGCUGUGAAUCAUCCCUUCCUCCUCUGUUGCCAGUCUUCUAGUUCAGCGGCUCCAUCAUCCUCCUCUCUUCACCAGAUGAAGGAAAACAACCACCCCUCCAGUGGUCAGGCCUUCCUGGACCAUAUCAAGCCAUGCUGGUACUGGGACAAAAAGGACCUGGCCCACACCCCGUCCCAGUCCGAGGGCCUGGACCCGGCAACAGAGGCCCGGUACCGCAGGGAGGGGGCCCGGUUCAUAUUUGAUGUGGGGACCAGACUCGGACUGUAUCCUUUUACACACCAGAUAUAGGAAAGUCCUAUAUAUAGGGGCAGUGGUCAGUGACAUCACUAUAUAACCAUACAUGAGGAAUAUGAUAAAUAUUUCCAAUUGUAUAUAUAUAUAUAGUACCAGUCAAAAGUUUGGAUACACCUACUCGUUCAAGGGUUUUUCUUUAGUUUUACUAUUUUCUACAUUGUAGAAUAAUAGUGAAGACAUCAAAACUAUGAAAUAACACAUAUGGAAUCUUGUAGAAACCCAAAAAGUUUUAAACAAAUCAAAAUAUAUUUUUUAUUUGAGAUUCUUCAAAGUAGCCACCCUUUGCCUUGAUGACAACUUUGCACACUCUUGGCAUUCUCUCAACCAACUUCACCUGGAAUGCUUUUCAAACAGUCUUGAAGGAGUUCCCACAUAUGCUGAGCACUUGUUGCCUGCUUUUGCUUCACUCUGCAGUCCGACACAUCCCAAACCAUCUCAAUUGGGUUGAGGUCGGGUGAUUUUGGAGGCCAGGUCAUCUGAUGCAGCAGUCCAUCACUCUCCUUUUUGGUCAAAUAGCCCUUACACAGCCUGGAGGUGUGUUGGGUCAUUGUCCUGUUGAAAAACAAAUGAUAGUCCCACUAAGCCCAAACCAGAUGUGAUGGCGUAUCGUUGCAGAAUGGUGUGGUAGCCAUGCUGGUUAAGUGUGCCUUGAAUUCUAAAUAAAUCACAGACAGUGUCACCAGCAAAGCACCCCCACACCAUAACACCACCUCCUCUAUGCUUUACAGUGGGAAAUACAUGUGCGGUGAUCAUCCGUUCACCCACACCACGUCUCACAAAGACCAAAAAUCUCAAAUUUGGAGUCAAGGACAAACUUCCACCGGUCUAAUGUCCAUUGCUCGUGUUUCUUGGCCCUAGCAGGUCUCUUCUUCUUAUUGGUGUCCUUUAGUAGUGGUUUCUUUGCAGCAAUUCAACCAUGAAGACCUGAUUCACACAGUCUCUGAACAGUUGAUGUUGAGAUGUGUCUGUUACUUGAACUCUGUGAAGCAUUUACUUGGGCUGCAAUUUCUGAGGCUGGUAACUCUAAUGAACUUAUCCUCUGCAGCAGAGGUAACUCUGGGUCUUCCAUUCCUGUGGCGGUCCUCAUGAGAUCCAGUUUCAUCAUAGCGCUUGAUGGUUUUUGCAACUGCACUUGAAGAAACUUUAAAAGUUCUUGAAAUGUUCCAUAUUGACUGACCUUCAUGUCUUAAAGUAAUGAUGGACUGUCGUUUCUCUUUGCUUAUUUGAGCUGUUCUCGCCAUAAUAUGGACUUAGUCUUUUACCAAAAAGGGCUAUCUUCUGUAUACCAACCCUACCUUGUCACAACACAACUGAUUGGCUCAAACGCAUUAAGAAGGAAAGAAAUUCCACAAAUUAACUUUUAAGAAAGCACACCUGUUAAUUGAAAUGCAUUCCAGUUGACUACCUCAUGAAGCUGGUUGAGAGAAUGCCAAGAGUGUGCAAAGCUGUCAUCAAGGCAAAGGGUGGCUAUUUGAAGAAUCUAAAAUAUAUUUGUUGAACACUUUUUUGGUUACUACAUAAUUCCAUAUGUGUUAUUUCAUAGUUUUGAUGUCUUCACUACUAUUGUACAAUGUAGAAAAUAGUAAAAAUAAAGAAAAACCCUUGAAUGAGUAGGUGUGUCCAAACUAUUGACUGGUAGUGAAUAUAUGUGUGUGUGUGUGUGUACUGAGUGUACAAAACAUUAAGGACACCUUCCUAAUAUUUAGUUGCACCCCCACUUUUGCCAUCAGAGCAGCCUCAAUUCAUCGGGCCACAGGGAUGCUGGCCCAUGUUGACUCCAAUGCUUCCCACAGUUGUGUCAAGUUGGCUGGAUGUCCUUUGGGUGGUGGACCACUCUUGAUACACACAGGAAACUGCUGAGUGUCAAAAACCCAGCAGCGUUGCAGUUCUUGACACAAACCGGUGCGCCUGGCACCUACUACCAUACCCCGUUCAAAGGCACUUAAAUCUUUUGUCUUGCCCAUUCACCCUCUGAAUGGCACACACACACAAUCCAUGUCUCAAUUGUCUCAAGGCUUAAAAAUCAUUAAUUAACCUGUUUCCUCCCCUUCAUCUACACUGAUUGAAGUGGAUAUAACAAGUGACAUCAAUAAGGGAUCAUAGCUUUCACCUGGUCAGGCUAUGUCAUGGAAAGACCAGGUGUCUUUCAUUUUUUGUACAUUCAAUUAGGGUAAUUUUUUUUUAAAGUUUUGACAUUUUAGAACUAUAAAAAACGGUUUCAAGUCAAACUCCUCAUUUGUUGAAUUUAACCUUAACUCUGUCAUCAGACAUUAUGACACCCUGGCAACAGGUAUCAUAUACUUCCACCGCUUCUACAUGUUUCACUCCUUCAAACAGUUCCCCAGAUAUGUGAGUAUAGCCAUUGCAUUACUGGUGUCAGUAUGCAUAAGGCAUUUCUGCAGUGUUCAUUAGUACUACAUCAUUUAGCAGACACACUUAUCCAGACACACUUAUCCAGACACACUUAUCCAGACACACUUAUCCAAAGCGACUUUGCAAUGCUACACUUGUGCAAUACUUGCCUUCACGAAUCAGAAUAAUUGUACACGGUCAUGUUGUCAAGUUUUUAAUCUCAGUGGUGCAUACCUAGAGGUACUGUCUAAUGUGCUGGUAUUUAAAUGGUAUUAAAUGGUGUGUGAGACUUGUGUACAGUGCCUUCAGAGAGUAUUCACACCCCUAGACUUUUUCCACAUUUUGUUGUCUUACAGCCUGAAUUUAAAAUUGAUUUCAUUUAGAUUUUGGGUCACUGGCUUACACACAAUACCCCAUAAUGUCAAAGUUGAGUUAUGUUUUUAGACAUUUUUACAAAUUCAUAAAAAAUGAAACGUCUUAAGUCAAUAAGUAUUCAACGCCUUUGUUAUGGCAAGCUUAAAUAGGUUCAGGAGUAAAAACGUGCUUAACAAGUCACAUAAUAAGUUGCAUGGACUCACUCUGUGUGCAAUAAUAGCGUUUAACCCCACACAUACAAUUAUCUGUAAGGUCUCUCAGUCGUGCAGUGAAUUUCAACCACAAACACCAGGGAGGUUUUCCAAUGCCUCGCAAAGAACGGCAGACAUUGAAUAUCCCUUUGAGCAUGGUGAAGUUAUUAAUUACACUUUGGAUGCUGUAUCAAUACACCCAGUCACUACAAAGAUACAGGCGUCCUUUCUAACUCUGUUGCCGAUGGCGACUUUAAAACAGUUACAGAGUUGAAUGGCUGUGAUAGGAGAACAUUGAGGAUGGAUCAACAACAUUGUAGUUACUCCACAAUACUAACCUAAUUGACAGAGUGAAAAGAAGGAAACCUGUACAUCAUUAAAAAAAAAUCCAAAACAUGCAUCCUGUUUGCAACAAGGCACUAAAGUAAUACAGCAAAAAGUGUGGCAAAGCAAUUAAAGUUGGACUAUGCAGCAAUCGCUCCGCCAUUUCCUGGUUGCUAAAACUCUUAAUAGUUCCCCUAAUUUCAGUUUAUGUGACAAAAUAAGCUAGUAUAGUGUAGAGAAUCAUUGUACCAUCUAAACCGCUGGGAAAUAUAUUGUCCAUAAACAAAAAAUAUUGUUGUUUCAGCUGUUUGAAACUGGUGUACAAAACCGAAAGUAAAAGACGCAAAAUCAAAACUUAGGAACGGGAAGCAUAGAAAUAGCACACAUAGAACAGAUCUACCGCUUCUUAGACUGGCUUUCAAGUAGAAUAAUACAUCUAUAACUCACAUUUCUAUGUGAAUUUGGUCGGGUCUCCUAAAAAGUUACAUAUUGCCAGUUUAACUUUUUGUCCUGAAUAGAAAGUGUUAUGUUUGGAACAAAUCCAAUACAACACAUUACUGAGUACCACUCUCCAUAUUUUCUAGCAUAGUGGUGGCUGCAUCAUGUUAUGGGUAUGCUUGUCAUCGUUAAGGACUGGGGAGUUUUUCAGGAUAUAAAUAAAUGGAAUGGAGCUAAGCAUUGGCAAAAUCCUAGAGGAAAACCUGGUUCAGUUUGCUUUCCACCAGACACUGGGAGAUGAAUUCACCUUUCAGCAGGACAAUAACCUUAAACACAAGGCCAAAUAUACACUGGAGUUGCUUACCAAGAGCACAGUAAAUGUUCCUGAGUGGCCUAGUUACCGUUUCGACCUAAUUCGGCUUGAAUAUUAAUGGCAAGACUUGAAAAUAAUACUAUAUAAUAAUAGGAAUACCUGGGAUAGUAUAAAAGUAAUCCUUCUAUCCCCCCAAUGAAAAAAAAUGAAAAAAAGUAAAGUGGUUGUCCCACUGGCUAUCAUAAGGUGAAUGCACCAAUUUGUAAGUCGCUCUGGAUAAGAGCGUCUGCUAAAUGACGUAAAUGUAAAAUGGAUGUUUGGCAAUGAUCAACAACCAACUUGACAGAGCUUGUGCAAUUGUGCAAAUAUUGUACAAUCCAGGUGUGCAAAGCUCUUAGAGACUUACCCAGAAAGACUCACAGCUGUAGUCGCUGACAAAGGUGAUUCUAACAUGUAUUGACUCGGGUGUGAAUACUUAUGUAAAUUAGAUAUUUCUGUAUUUCAUUUUCAAUACAUUUGCUAAAAUGUCUAAAAUCAUGUUUUCACUUUCUCAUGAUGGGGUAUUGUGUGUAGAUGGAAAACAUAUAUUUAAUCAAUUUUGAAUUCAGGCUGUAACACAACAAAAUGUGGAAUAAGUCAAGGGGUGUGAACACUUUCUGAAGGAACUAUGUCUCCAGGUGACCGGUGCGUGUUGUCUCUUCCUGGCUGGGAAAGUGGAGGAGACUCCUAAGAAAUGUAAAGACAUCAUCAAGACGGCUCGCAGCUUACUGAACGACGUACAGUUUGCCCAGUUUGGAGACGACCCAAAAGUGAGAGAUAUCUUACUUUAUUUACUUCUCCUUCUUCUGUUUUUAGGUACAGUGAAGUCCUGCUGGUACCCUUUUCACACGUGCUGACCCAAACCAAACUGUGCUGGCUCGAUAAUAGGCUUUUCUUUUCACAUUGUCCUUCAGCACAGUUCCAACCAUGCAUAAAUAUGGCAGCCCCCAUGUACUUAACACAAAUGCCUCAUUUGUGACGUUUGUCAUAUUAUACAGUGCUCUCCAUUAGGCUUUUUUUUUUGUAUCGGCAUUAGCACAGUAAACUUGAUCCCAAUUAGCUCCAAGAUGGCGGCAAUUUGAAAAAACAAAAAAGUAGAUUGUGCCGAUUUAUUGGCACAUUGAACCAUGUUGCGCGCCGUAGUUUAAAAACUCUCUGGGUAGUGCCAAAACAAUUACGUCAUAUCUGAAUUCCUCCAUAUGCACCUUCACGAUUAUGGUGAAUGCUUAACCAGGCCAGCUCAGUACAGCUUGAUUGUGUAGUAGUGUGAAAAGCUCUUGUGUUUUCCUUACUUUACGCUCUUGUGUUUCCUGGGAUGUGUCAUAGGAUUUUCGCCAUCAACAGGAAGAGGUUAUGGUGCUAGAGAGGAUUCUGCUACAGACAAUCAAGUUUGACCUGCAAGUGGAACACCCUUACAUGUUCCUCCUGAGAUAUGCCAAGCAGCUCAAAGGUCUGAAAGGUGGCGUUUCCAUCUUAGUUUGACUUCAUUCCUAACUCUUCAUUCCUAACUCUUCAUUCCUAACGCUUAAAAUCCAACCCUUCAAUUCCAACCCUUCAUUUCCAACCCUUCAUUUCCAACCCUUCAUGUCUAACUUAAUUUCCAACGGUCCUUUUUUUUUUUUUCGUUCUAGGUGACAAAACCAAAGUUCAGAAGCUGGUGCAGAUGGCAUGGACCUUCGUCAACGACAGGUGGGCGAAACAUAACACAGUAGUUAGGACUCCUAUUCUCCUGAUUUACAGUCUGACCUGAAGGCUUGAAUGUUAAUAAUGUUACAGGUCUCCUAUUUAUAUUCCUGUGUCCUGUCAUAUAGUGCCUCACCUUACAGUAGUUGGUUCUCACCUUCUCUCAUCUUACUGUAUUCAUUGAGUAGUAUUGUAGGACUGUAUUUGCCUCCACAUCUAAACGGUUCUCUCUGUUCCUACCUCUGUCCAGUCUGUGCACCAUGCUGUCCCUGCAGUGGGAACCAGAGAUCAUAGCAGUAGCAGUCAUGUACCUGGCUGGACGGCUGUGUAAGUUUGACAUCCAGGAGUGGACGUCCAAGCAGUCUUCACGGCGAUGGUGGGAGCAGUUUGUCCAGGACGUCCCUGUGGAGCUGCUGGAAGGUAUAGAAAGGAAGGCUCUGAGAGGAUCUAGUGCCAUAUGUAAUGCUGAAUAUACAGUACCAGUCAAACGUUUGGACACACCUACUCAUUCCAGGGUUUUUCUUUAUUUUUACUAUUUUCUAUAUUGUAGAAUAAUAGUGAAGACAUCAAAACUAUGAAAUAACGCAUAUGGAAUCAUGUAGUGACCAAAAGAGUGUUAAACAAAUCAAAAUAUAUUUUAUAUUUGAGAUUCUUCAAAGUAAAAAAAAAAAAAAAAAAAAGUAGCCACCCUUUGCCUUGAUGACAGCUUUGCACACUUUUGGCAUUCUCUCAACCAGCUUCAUGAGGUUGUCACCUGGAAUGCAUUUCAAUUAACAGGUGUGCCUUGUUAAAAGUUAAUUUGUGGAAUUUCUUUCCUUCUUAAUGCGUUUGAGCCAAUCAGUUGUGUUGUGACAAGGUAUACAGAAGAUAGCCCUAUUUGGUAAAAGACCAAGUCCAUAUUAUGGCAAGAACAGCUCAAAUAAGCAAAGAGAAACAACAGUCCAUCAUUACUAUGAACGUUUCUUCAAGUGCAGUUGCAAAAACAAUCAAGCGCUAUGAUGAAACUGGCUCUCAUGAGGACCGCCAUAGGAAAGGAAGACCCAGAGUUACUUCUGCUGCAGAGGAUAAGUUCAUUAGAGUUACCAGCCUCAGAAAUUGCAGCCCAAAUAAAUGCUUCACGGAGUUCAAGUAACAGACACAUCUCAACAUCAACUGUUCAGAGGAGACUGUGUGAAUCAGGCCUUCAUGGUCGAAUUGCUACAAAGAAACAACUACUAAAGGACACCAGUAAGAAGAAGAGACUUGCUUGGGCCAAGAAACACGAGCAAUGGACAUUAGACUGGUGGAAAUCUGUCAUUUGGUCUGAUGAGUCCAAAUUUGAGGUUUUUAGUUCCAACCGCUGUGUCUUUGUGAGACGCAGAGUAGGUGAACGGAUGAUCUGCGCAUGUGCGGUUCCCACCGUGAAGCAUGGAGGAGGAGGAGUGAUGGUGUGGGGGUGCUUUGCUGGUGACACUGUCUGUGAUUUAUUUAGAAUUCAAGGCACACUUAACCAGCAUGGCUACCACAGCAUUCUGCAGCGAUACGCCAUUCCAUCUGGUUUGCGCUUAGUGGGACUAUCAUGUGUUUUUCAACAGGACAAUGACCCAGCACACCUCCAGGCUGUGUAAGGGCUAUUUGACCAAUAAGGAGAGUGAUGGAGUGCUGCAUCAGAUGACCUGGCCUCCAAAAUCACUCGACCUCAACCCAAUUGAGAUGGUUUGGGAUGAAUUGGACCGCAGAGUGAAGGAAAAGCAGCCAAUAAGUGCUCAGCAAGACUGUUGGAAAAGCAUUCCAGGUGAAGCAGGUUGAGAGAAUGCCAAGCGUGUGCAAAGCUGUCAUCAAGGCAAAGGGUGGCUACUUUGAAGAAUCUAACAUCUAAAAUAUAUUUUGAUUUGUUUAACACUUUUUUGGGUUACUACAUGAUUCUAUAUGUGUUAUUUCACAGUUUUGAUGUCUUCACUAUUAUUCUACAAUGUAGAAAAUAGUAAAAAUAAAGAAAAACCCUUGAACGAGUAGGUGUGUCCAACCUUUCUGGACCUGCCUUCCGACGUUGUGUGGUAGAGAAGUUAAUGUUCUUAGUGUAAAAACCUUUAUUUGUAAUGUAAGAAUUUCAGUUUUUUCUUUCUACUCAUAGGGCUGAUUCCUAAAUUGACAUCUGUUCCAAUAACUAAGCAAAUCACUUAUUGACAUGAUUUAUGCAACAUGUCCAGUGUGUAGCAUAUUUAUUAAAGUUAGGAUUCGGCCCAGGAUUGUCCCUGUCUGUCACUUGCCUAACCUCCCCUCUCUCUUCCCAGACAUCUGUCACCAGAUCCUGGACCUGUACUCCCAGGGGAAGACUCCUAUCCCCCCGGGUCUGGAGCAGGAGACCAAGCAGAGAGGUCCACCCCAGUCCCCGGUCCCUGCCCCUCCUCCAGGCCCAGCACCUCCACAGGGCCAGCCUCCAGCGGGUGCCCCACCGCCCCCUCCACCUAAGAAGAACUCACCCCAGGGCAGCCCACUUAAACGCACACAUGUGAGUGAUGUAUGCCUGACUGCAUUGUCCCUGGAUGUUUCAGCUCAGCUGGUGAUAAAAAUAAGUCCACUUUCCAUGGCUAAAAGUGACAGUUCAACCACCCCGACAUCAUAGUUUCUCUAUAGUUCUGUAGUAGCUUACCAUACCUAAAGUGCUCAGAGGUCAAACUUGGUGCUUGUAUUGUGUGCCUGCUUUAAGCAGCAGGGUAUGUGAGUGACUGUAUCUCUCUUUUUGUCUUCUCAGAGCUCUCCGAAAGAGGAACCUAAACCACCAGAACAAGUGGGUUCUAAGAUUCCACGGUUGGAGAGCCCUAUGCCCCCCCUGCCCACUUCACAACCCCCUCCUGGUGAGUGUCUCUUGGGUCGUUCCACCUCAAAAAGCACAAGAAAGAGUAUUUCGACACCCACCGUCUCAGAUUGUUCUGAAAUCGUUUCUGUAAUUAGUAACCGAUACAAUUAGCAUUCCUGAAACAUUGUUGAACUAUAAUUUGAUCACUGAGAAAUUAAGCUAAUUGAUUGCACCCAAUCUGGCCAUUUUAAUUUAUAGGAUUCAGAUCAUAUUCAAUAAAUACUAUAUAUUUCCCAAUGUCUGAUUUGGAACAAACUUCUUCCUACCAAUGAGUAAGACAUGAGAAAUCCCCCCAAGAAUUAUCCACACCCCAUGCCAAUCCCACCCCAACAACCAGUAUCAGUUCUCUAUGUUUGACAAGUAGUAUGAAGCUGCGGCUUGGAGUAUUGCUUCUCCAUACUAUGUAAUGUAUUCCCUGUGAAUCUGGUGAUGUUUUUUUCCCCCUGUUCAGUGAAAUUAGUCAUUGAAGUCACUUGCAUUAUUUACCUUAAGUAGUGUGGAAGUACCAUGUUUUGACCACUAGAUGCCGCUGUUCCUGCUUCACCGCCAUGCUCUUUUAUCCAUUUUGCUGGACGCUUGUGUUUAUUAAAUAGACCACAACAUUUCCUUCGCAACUUUGGGUAGAAAACCAAUAGAUUUGGCUCAUGAUGAAAAUAAAUUGUGUGGUCAUCUCCGAAGUUCAAGCCAGUCCUCCGUGAAAGCAAUUCAGUAUGAUAAAUAAUGCAAGCGACUUCAAUGACUAAUUUCUCUGAACAGGGGAAAAAAGCCAUUAGACUACAAACAUAGAGAACUGAUACUGUAUGCUGGUUGUUGGGGUGGGAUUGGCAUGGGGUAUUGGGGGCCCGUGGGUGAAUGUAUUGUCUUACUCAUUGGAAGGAAGAAGUUUGGUCCAAAUCAGAUGUUGAGUACUUUAUUUAUUGAACAUUAUCUGAAUACUAUAAAUAAAAAUUGGUGCAAUCAAUAAACUUAAUUUCUCAGAGAUAAAAUUACAGUUCAACAAAAUAAUGUUUCAGGAAUGCGAAUCUUAGCUGUUUCUAACAACAGAAACAAUUUCAGAACUACCUGAGAUGGCGGGUGUCAUGGUUUGCUGAAAUGACCUGGAAUGACUCUUACUGCUCAGUAGUUUGCUCAUUAUAUGCAUAACAUCAGUAGCUACUGAUCAUCUUUAUCUAAUCAGAGAGAAAAGGUCAGUUGUCAUACGAUGGAGGAUGUGGCAUCUUUAUGUUGUGUGUUUAAUGAAAGACAGUUUUAUUGAGGGGUCAGGACUUUCUGUGAGGGCAGCUUGGAAAGCACAACAGGCGUCCCAAUCUCUAGGUCUUCUUAACCCAUACAUAACCUGGGCGCAGUACUAUGGUAACGUGUGCCAUACCUCGCUGCGUUCUAAUCCCCGAGCCGACUAGAGACGUAAUUGCCCUUGAGCCACUAACCUAAUUGCUCUAGCGCCUGAAAGAGCGUCUGCUAAUGCCUAAAUAAAAAAAAACUUCCCCGGCAGACAUCCACCCUACUGCCUGCCCUCCAGACUUUACAUUUUUAAAUUUACAUAAUUUAGCAGACGCUCUUAUCCAGAGCGACUUACAAAUCAGUAAUCAGACCAAUCUGAUUUCUGUUUCAACUUCUGAACGAGUACUACACAGGGAGUGUAUAGUCUAGACUGGGAAUACUAGGAAUCCCUGUCUGGGUAGAAACUUGUGACUGACGUUUUCAGGUCUCAAACGUUUGGUCUCGUUGAACAGGAAUUGAAACCUAUGAUCAGGGUUGUUUGUUUAUUGGAGUUACAUUAUUUUUCUCUCUCUCUCUCCCCUCAGAUACGUAAGCUCCCCCAGUCCCUCCUGAAGCAGAGCGCCAUCCGUGGGGAGUGAAUCCCGUUUCCCCUUCCCCCUCCCAUCUCAAAACGCUCCACCCCCCCCACCAGCCCCCUCCCCUGCCCCACCGCCCCCCUCCUCCUCCCCCCUCUAGCUACAUCAUGGGCAUGUCCACCUCUAGCUCCUACAUGUCAGGGGAAGGCUUCCAGAGCCUUCAGUCUAUAAUGAAGACAGGGGAACCCUCCUACGCCCCCAUGCCCCCCAACUACGGUCCCCCCAUGCCCUAUCACCCUCACGUUUACCCCAACGCCCCACCCCCUGGCCCCCCACCCAGCGUCUACCCACCCCCCAACCUGCCCCCUCCCUCCCCAGCAUACCCUCCACCAGGCUACAACCACAGCUACCCUGAGUACCCCCCUCCGCCUCCACGCAUGCCCCCAGGACACGGGGUGCCCCCUCCAGGGAUGGGCAUGCCUCCUGGGGUGUACCCCCUGCCACCAGGCCAGCCCCAGGUGCCCCUGCCACCCCCUGGCAUGCCCAUGAAUCACGGGGGAUGGAUGAGAUGA